AUGAGGUGGAACAGAGUAAUCUUCCACCGUCGCCAUACGUAUGCCGCCUCCUUCCUUCACAUCGUGGCUGUGCUAAUUCAACUCGGUAAGAAUGGAGGAAGUGUUCAGUUCCGCAAUGCGACGCUCCGUCAGACCUUUCACGCCUCCACCGGCGCAUCACGCAUCCGUUUCCAGCUCACUAACGCCUUUGGGGGCUCAGACCUGCCCAUCACAGCAGCCUCCGUCGCCCUUCCACUCGGCGGAGCCGCAGGUGUAUCUGGGAUCGAUACUGCCACCACCAAGGGGCUCACUUUCUCCGGGUCUCCAUCCGUGACUAUUAAGCAAGGCGCGGUCAUUUACUCUGACCCGAUAGACUUCAAGGUGCUACCGCAGGCCAACAUCGCGCUGAGUCUGUACUCUCAGCAAGGCCAGUCUGGGACACGUAUCACGGGACACCCAGGCAGCCGCACGACUUCAUGGAUGCAGACUGGAAAUCAGGUAAAUGUAUCGUCUGUCGGAGGUGCUAGCACAAAGCACUGGUACUUUGCUAGUGCUGUGGAAGCGUGGGCUCCGAGGAACACGUCUGCGAUGAUCGUCCUUGGGGAUAGCAUCUCCGAUGGACGUGGAAGCGACAAUGACAAGAACAACCGGUUCGUCAACUCCCCUGCCAUGACAAUCUCAGUCUCAACUGAACAUCACCCUAGCUGGCCCGACCUUCUCCUUGCACGCUUACAAAAGGAGGGAAUCGCAAACCUCGCCAUCGCAAACCAAGCAGCCGGCGGCAACGCAGUCCUCAGCGGCGGCCUCGGCCCCACACUCCUAACCCGCUACCCCCGCGACGCCCUCACCCAGCAAGGCGUCUCCCGCGUUCUCAUCUUCGAAGGCGUAAACGAUAUCGGCGGCGGUGGUACCGACGUGGGCUCCCAGCAGCGUAUCGGCGACGGGCUCAUCGCCGCGUACAAGCAGAUCGUAGCCGACUGUAAGAAGGCCGGGCUGGCUACCGUCGGGGCGACGAUCACGCCGUUUGCCGGGAGCGGGCAGGCGUACUCGAACGCGGAGAGGGAACGGACGCGAGUAAGGGUGAAUAAGUGGAUUCUGGAGAGUGGGACGUUUGAUCACGUCGUGGAUUUUGCGGGGUUUAUUGGUGAUGGGGAUGGGUUGAAGGCGCAGUUCGAUGGCGGUGACCAUUUGCAUCCGAAUGUGGCUGGGUAUCAGGAGAUUGCGGCCAGGUUUCCUUUGGAUAUUCUCAAAAGUUGAAGAUAGGAUUCAUGGACAACACGGCACUCGCUAGGUAGUCCUCGAGAUAUAUUCACCAGCUUGACGCGGCAACUCAUCAAAUGCGGCAUUUGAGUCUGGACCUUGGUGGUCGAUGUUUCAUCAUCAUCAUUAACACCAUGACUUGAGAUGUGGAUGUGCCUCAGUUGGUUGGCAGAUUUCAUCCACUUCAAUGACAGAAAACUUGUCAAAAGCCUGACGCGAAGUUCUAAGCUUGCUGUGAGUCGGCUAAGCGGCUC